AUGGCGGAUGAGUUGCCCGAUGGUGACACCCUACGGAUCCUGGUGCUGACGGACACCCAUGUGGGCUUCAACGAGAAGGACAAGGUUCGCAGCAAAGAUUCCAUCAACACGUUGGAGGAGGCGCUGCAGGUCGGCAAGUCCUCUCAGGCGGACCUCAUUUUACAUGGGGGAGAUCUCUUCCACGACAACAAGCCAUCCAGGGGCUGCCUCUAUCGGACCAUGGACCUGAUUCGGCAGUACACCAUGGGCUCUGGAGAGGUCGCCUUCGAGGUGGUGAGCGACCAGGCCUGCUUCGCCCGGGGCAGGGUGAACUACGAGGAUCCGAAUCUCAACGUGGAAUGCCCUUUUUUCAUGAUCCACGGGAACCACGACGAUCCGGGGGGCGAGAGCAACUUGUGCGCGGCGAAUCUCUUGGAGGUCGCCGGGCUUUGCAAUUACUUUGGCCGCCAUGAAGACUUGGAGGACAUCGUGAUUCGGCCACUUCUGCUGACCAAGGGUCGGUCACAAGUGGCCAUCUACGGCCUGGGGAACAUCCGGGACGAGCGACUCCAUCGGGCCUUCCAGGCCCGCAAGGUCCGCUUCGAGACUCCGGUGGACCCUGACAAGUGGUUCCACGUGAUGAUCCUCCACCAGAACAGGCAUAAAGGGAGCAAGAGCGGCAUUCCCAGCAAAUCGUGCAUUCACGAGGAGAUGCUGCCCUCUUUUCUUGACCUAGUCAUCUGGGGCCAUGAGCAUGACUGCCAGGUCAAGCCGCAGGAAUCACUCCGAGGAGAGUUCUAUGUGAUCCAACCCGGCUCCUCCGUGGCCACCUCCCUCACGCCCGGGGAAGCUGGGCUGAAGCAUGCUGGGGGCCGUGACGACGUGUUCGCCUGCUGUGGAGUGCCGGUGUGGACGAUGGACCGUUGGUGGGUUUUCCAGGGCAUAGGCCCAAGGCGGUCCUCAGAGUGGCAUGGCAUCCCUGCCAGCGUGCUCGUCUUGGAAACACCACCGCAGCCGCUACGCAGUGAGAUGAAGCACAGCUACCUUGAGAAUCGUAUGAAGCUACCAGAUGUCUUGAAUAUUGAACUGCAUCGGACGCUGGCACUGGUCUUGGGUUGUUUGUUCUCCUGUGGAGUGUUCCUUUGGUAUGACAGGUAUGGAGCCCGCUCGGGCCCCAAAGAACAAAUUCACAGUAGCUCGCAGUUCGAUGUGGCGUUCAAAGCGAUCAUGGACGCGCAGGUGUCCGUCUCGCUCCAUCAGGCGAAGCCACCGCCCACACCCAGUAAGGCACCAGAGGUGCCCAGUCCUGCGGUGAGCUUCCAGCAAUGGCCGAGCCUCGAGUCCUGCGAGGUGAUCUACCAUGAUCCCAGUUCGAGACCUGGCAGGCCAUGUUUGCCACGACCUGAGAAGCAGCCUUACAGGAGCGACUCUUAUUCCAAAAAGUACUUGGGAGAGAGGGCCUAUCUAGCAGCGGCGGGUGUGGUCGAUGAGGAGGAUUGUGAUGGCUGGCGCUUGUUUGGUGACAUGACCUGGUGCAAGCGAGCCUUUGCGAGCCGAGAAGGCACUGAAGAACCCGACGGAGAUGUCAUCGGCUUGUCCUACGGUAUCGAGCAAAGAGAUUUAUGGAGUGAACUUGUCAGCAACGACUAUGGAGUGCGAACCCAGCUUUUUGACUGCUAUCAAAAUCCCAAGGACUCACCACCGUUGGGGGGAGAGGCGGUGAAUGGCAGCAGCUGCCAAGGGGUCAAUGGCCAUUGCUAUGAGGUGCCAUACCAGGCGUUCCGGAUCUGCUUGGGCGGCGCUCUGGACGGACGGCAGACGCGGGAUGGGCGGCAGUUCGAAUCCUUGGUGAUGCAUCUGAAGUCUCGGCAUCGCCUCUCCGUGCAUUUGAAGAUCGACACCGAAGGCAGCGAGUGGGAAGAGCUGGAAUGGCUCGUACAGUCCCCGGAGGCGAUGGAUAAGAUCCGCACCUUUGACAUGGAGGUUCACAUCGGUUGGCUCUCGGCGUCAGCCUCGAAGGAACGGAGGCACCUCACGCCCAAGGAACGAAUUGCCCGCGACAUCAGUACCUUGGAGGCCUUGGGCCGCUUCUUCCGCGUCACAGGCUCUUCCAUGGAGGUCUUGGCAGAGGAGUGGGUCCGCCGCGAGGAUGGUGGGCGUUGCCGGCCUAAGAGCUGCCAGGAGCCCGAGGCACAUACUGCUAGUGGCUUUCCGGUGAUCCAGUUCGCGAUCAGCUUUGUGCACCCUGAGAUGCUGAAGACAGGGCCAAAGCCAGCGCCUGUGUGGCCAGCGUUACCAGCUGCGAGCCCACAGGAAGCACAACAGAUCUCAUGGCCCUGUGUGAGGGCUCACAAGACCCGCUCUAGACCCGGAUUGCCCUGCUUGCCAAGCUUGCGGCCUUGGCCCUACGCCACCUCCUCCCGCGCCCGCGAUGCAACACGUGUGGCGCUGGGGGAGCGUGUCGUGAAGGCUCUACGAGGAGCCAUGGAGGAGGACUGCAGAUUAGAGAUGGACGCCAUGACCUGGUGCUCAAAGGCUUCAGAUCUCGAGCCUCAGAAGCACCACCAGGGCCUCUCUGUGGGCACGCAGGCUGCGCAGGCUUCUGCGCAAGAUGCACAGCACGCGGCAUGGUGGGCGAAGAUGCAGGCUUUGAAGGUGGCGACAUUCCAUGUGGAAAGUCUGGAACAGCUACAGCAGAAGCUGCAAGAGCAGGAGCCAGCCUCCGUGUUCCUGCAGCUGGACGGAGCGAAGGCCUGGGAGAUUCUGGAGUGGCUCCUGAGCAACGAGAUCAUCAAAAUCCGCACCUUGGAACUCCACAUCAGCUUUGGGAGCAGUCCUGGCGCAGUGGAGCGACAGAUUGGUUUUCUGGAGGCCUUGGCCGAGCAAAUGAGGUGCACAGGCUCCACACUGGAAUCCUUUGCAGAGCAUUGGGCGGAGACGAAAGGAAAGACGUGCUCGGAGCAGUGCGAAGCACCAGAGAUCCACAGCUCGGGUGGGAUCCCCAUGACCAGUGUCAUCUCCGUCAGCUCCUCGGAGAGCGUUGCUUCGGAGAGCGAGGACGCACCGCUUCGGUCUUCGACCUGUUGGGACGCGGCAGACCGUAGCAGCAUGGCAGUGAGGCGACGUCGACACAGAAAGAGAGGUGGCUUCGGUGGCUUCACCGGCAUCUUCCACCGUCGUCCCCUGCGGGCAGACGACGCUGUGGAGCUGCCGGAGAUGGAGCACCGCCGAGAUCGAGAUCUGCUAUACGUCACCGUUUCGGAGCAAGAGUACCUGGUUCUCCAGGCCAUUUGGAACGCCUUAACCAGCGAGGUGGACUCCAUGAUCACUCAAGGCGAAGAAGAAGUUCAGCGGCGAGGAAAAGAGCUGGAGGCACGUGGCAAGUUCGGCCCACAGAAGCUGGAGGUGCCUCAGCUGCCCUUGGUGCGCUUGCGAGUGGAACACUCCGGGUUCGACACCAUCUCAGCGUCCACCUUUGGGAACCAGUUCGUGGGCCGCGUCGCGAACCCGGACGAGGUACUCCUCUUCCAUCGCAAAGGGGGUGGUGGAGCUGCAGGCAGCCGCAAGGUACAAGGCCUAGGGGAUGUGUUGGAGAUUGAGGAAAACCUGGCCCCAGGCGAUGAUGGCGUAAAGAUUCAGGACAUCAUCUACAAGUACAUCGACGGGGAGCAGAAUCUUCAGGUUCUCCCAGAGCCUGACCUGAACGACGCAGUCCAAUCCUUCGUCCACCGGGCUGAGCCAUGUGCGAUCGAGCGCUUUGUCAAGGAGGUGGUCGAAUCGACCAAUCAGGCUGUGCUGAAGGAAAGCCGCGCAGUUGGAGAAGAAGAGAUCCGGGUGCAGAUCCAGGAUCGCGCUGAAACGAUGCGGCAGCAGCGGCUGGCUGCUGCCGCCGCUGGUGGCGGACAUGCGGGCGGUUCACUGGGAGGCCCUCCGACCGAGCGAGCCCUCAGCCAGACGAAGCCGGAGCCCACGGGCCUUGAUGAGCCAGCUGAGGGGACGGCCUUACCACCCACCGCCUUCUUCGACGAACCGGAGGCACGAGGGCGAGGCGGGCGUGGCGGUCGCGGCAGCCGAGGAGGAGGUCGAGGACGAGGCCGCAGCAAACGUUCUGCCGAUGACUUCGACGAGCCACGCCCCAAGCAACCACGGAACAGCCAGACGCGCAGCGACUCGCAACGUGCCCCCGCACCGCCCGCGCCGGCCGCGCCUGCGGCGGCUGCGCCAGCUGCGGCCGCGGCGGCAUCGCCGACGCCGUUCUUGCCCCGGCGUCCCGGAGCUGCGCCGGCUGAGACUCCGUUGGAGGAGGAAGCCUCUCAGCGGAUGUCGCAGCCUCCUCCCAAGCGGCAAUGGGCAUUGAAGAUGAGCUCAUGA